AUGGCGUCCGCCAGUGAAAUCGAGAACCCCGACCAACUCGUCACCUCCAGCAACCCGGAGCACCCUGCUAACCUUAUCCCCUCGCUCUGUGCGAAAUUCUGGCACCUCGGUUGGGUCACGGGCACCGGCGGCGGUGCUUCCAUUCGUGAUGGCGACCUCGUCUAUAUCGCCCCCUCAGGCGUUCAAAAGGAGCUCAUGAAGGCCCAGGACAUCUAUGUCUUAUCCCUCGCAGCCCAAGAAGCGUCUCUCAAGAACCGCGUCUACCUCCGCUCCCCGCCUUCUUACAAGCCAUCCCAGUGCACCCCGCUCUUUCUCGCCGCCUUCACCCGCCGGGGUGCCGGCUGCUGCAUCCACACGCACUCGCACUGGGCCGUCCUCGUGACUCUCAUCCUCGAGGGCAAGGGACCCGGUAAUGACAAGCUCUUCGAGAUCAACAACAUCGAGCAGAUCAAGGGUUUCGGCAAAGGAUUCCAGAAGCAGGGCAACCUCGGAUACCACGACACGCUCCGCAUCCCCGUUAUCGAGAACACAGCACACGAGGAGGACCUCACUGAAUUUCUGGAGGAAGCCAUGGAUAAGUAUCCCGACACCUACGCUGUGCUCGUCCGCAGACAUGGUGUUUAUGUCUGGGGUGACAACGUCCACAAGGCUAAGACUCAGUGCGAGAGCUUGGACUACCUGUUCCAGUUGGCUGUCGAGAUGAAGCAGUUGGGCAUCCCAUGGAUCAGCGACAUUCCAGUGGUUCAGCCUACCAGGAGCUAG